CUAGCAAUCCUGGCUCAGGACUGUGCGGUCUCCUUUAUUUUAGUUCCCUGAUGAUGUCUGUUUCUGUGUCUGAAGUUCAUGAUCAUCCCUUUAGAAAGAUUUAAAUUUAGUACUGGAUCUCUCGUCUGAAACGAUCAACAGUCUAAAACAAUCAACACUCUUUAAAAUCGAUCUUCUACGAGAAUUUUGAGACAAGAGGAGAACAAGUAAAUGCUCCGAUAUGAAAUAUACGAACGUCUUCACGAAGAUCUGCUACAAAAGACGGUCGCACUCAAAGUAGAAUGAAGGAUCUGCUUUCAUCAAGAAGAAGUUCGGAUUUUUGAGCUCCGGCGCAGACUUCGAACAUGUUGCAACAGUCGGGACCGCGAGCUGCUGGGGUCGUGCAGUCGUUGAACUUGGCCACGCGAUUUGCCACCUUACAAGAGGACUCCUUGAGUAUGAAGUUCAAGUUUCUAUUCGUUGAAAGGGAAGAACAAGAACUGCUAGUGCUGCUCUUGGUAUCAAAAACAAAAUCGAUGUCAAUCUUCAUCAUGAAAGUCAUUCAAGUAAGAUAACCCUUUUCCAUUCCCAUUUCGAGAGAUUUCCCUUCCUUCAUUCCCACUGCCGACAAUGUGAUCAGUACAUUACGUCGUGUCCGAGGGUGGUCACAACGGGGGUCCGAAAUUAACACUUUUUUCAAGCCCGUUGCCGGUCCGCGAUGGAGGAUGGAUCGUGUGGGAAGUGGCGUCUUCGAAUCGUCGACCAGCUUAUUACAAAGCGAAGUUUCGAAGGCUUCCGCUUCUUCCAGUGGUGCUACUUUUAAGCCUGAAACUUUUUCCUCGAUUGAUGACGAUUUUGACACUAGAAGUGCAACUAGUUGUACCCCCGGUGCAGUUUCAGGUACAACUACGAGUUCAAGUUGUUCCACAAGAAGUAUCAGCAGCUCUUCUUCAGCUUUCCGCUCUACAGCACUGCCCUCUCCUCGUGGAACCAGGACCAGUGGCACAAGGGCAAACGCAGAUGCUAACUCGGUGUUUUUUGAAGGUAGCACUGACAAUGCCUUUUUCACGUCCACUGGAGGGUCGAGUUCGAGUACUUCAUCUAGCACGACUGCCGCGUUCAACCACGGGUCCAGCACAGUCCCUUUACCGUAUUUCCUUGCUCCCUCUCUGCCAUUGCUGCAUUCCCUGACUGCGAGAUUUUUCGAGACAUGCGAGCACUUUUAUCCACCACAAAUACUAGAGAUUCUAUCUUUGUGUGCGGACAUAGGCCACAGUGAUGAGAACCUCAUGCGAGCUGUGGUCGGACGUCUAGAUGAUCUACUUGCGUCCACCACCGCAACCCCAACGUCGCCGAAUGCGCGGAGAGUUGCGCAGAUUGUUAUUUUAUGCCAUUAGAACUAGAAGAUGAGCAAACACUUAUUCUUUUGGGUCGACAAGCACGAGGCAUAGCUUGUGGCAGCACGACAGACUUCCUCGACCAGUAAAGGAGCCGGGAAUAGGAUUCUUAUACUGGUGCCAUUUCAAGAUGUGAGAUGCGAGCUCACUACAACUACAUCACCUCCCGACGGACUCUAAUCCCCUUUUGUGCGCGUGCUCGUGUACCAUCGCAUCACUGGUGGCCAUUAGUCCGGGACCCUCUCGAGCAGAAUUUACACAACUUGGCUCAUGGCAUCCCUAACUUGCUCGAUGCGCUGCUGUUCGUCUUCCCUAGGAAGGAUCUCCAAGAUCUUCGAAAAGAAGCAUCCGAAGAACGUGAGCUCUUUAUUUAAGGAUCAACUUUCAUCUAAGUAAAGGCCCUUUAUUUAAGGCUCUUUAGAUAAGGCUCUUUAUGUAAGGCUCUUUGUUUAAGGUAAGGUUGGUCGCUGAGAUCGAAGAGGCGACCCCUUCUUGAGAGGACCAACAGGGGAAAUAAAUGAAGGGAAAAGGGGAGAACUUUGAAGGUGGUCUCUUCCGUUCAGCAUCAGCGGGCCCUGACUGCUGCCCUUUAAUUUAUCGAUUCGCUAGCUACGCAGAUGCUGUUGCACAAGGAAGAACUAGGUCCUGGAGUUUUUGCGAAGGGUUUUGAAGCACUGUCGCGACACGCUUAUCGUUAAGGCGUGCGCUGUUACUGUUAGAGUAGUGGUGGACGUUGACGUUGACAUCACGUUGAUCAGCAUCCAUGGCUAUCGGCAACGUCGACAUAACCAUAAGGUUGAUUAAAAUUAGGUGUAAAAUCGUUUUUGAUAAUAUCGAGUUUGAGGCAGCACAACCACUUCUAAUUCCUUUACACCGCAGUGGAGGACGAAGCGGCUGCACUUUUAGACUCCACUACAGACGUGGUGGCACAAACAACACUUGUUGCCGGGAUGCAACGAUACCUAGCAGACGAAAAGAAGCGGAAGGGGGCCCAAGAGAAGAGCGGGAAAUCUUUUUUUAAGGAUCGAGUGAGACAUGAGAUUAAAAAGUAGCAAGUACUUAUUAUAUUAGGGUUCUUCUUCAUAAUCUAUCUUCAUACCUUUACCUUCUCUGCCACCGAUGCUAAUGUUACUGAGAUCAAACUCGAUCUUGAAUGGAGCGGUCGCAAAGGCGUGGUCUGUUCUGAGAAACAGGUUGCGGAGUUUGUGAACGAGAUCGAGGCUGCUGCGCAAGAAUCCAAGUAUGUCUGGCGGAAACUUAUGGCGUACAGUUUUUUACCCACACCGUGACCACACCGUACUAAGGAAGUAUUUCUAUUAAUUUGAUGAAUUUUCAGUAGAAGGAGAGUUCCCUUGGCCAGCUUGAUCGACAAGAACAUGGAGUUUGAUUAAAGUGAAAUUCUUGCGAAAAGGAAAACCAAAAGUGAAAAAAUUGCAGCCUUUUCUAAUGACUUCCCUCACAAAUUGAACCAGCUGGCCCGCAUUAGUUGCGAGUCUGCUGCCGCGAAUAUUAAGGGUUGGAAGUUGACCUCUCAUCUAAGAGCAUCUCUAUGGCUUCUUCAAGUGGGAAAGUCAUCGAUGUGCGAGCUAGAGACGCCAACUUUCAACCCCUAAGAAUGCGCUGCGAUGCAACUUUAUCUACCUCUCCAUCGAGAAGAUUUGCGCAUCGUACUUCGGCCGCUAUUCCGCCAGCCAAUUACUAGACUUAGCAGAGGCCACGGAAUUGAUCGCGCUGCAGAGUGGUCCACCUAGUAGUGCUCAACAAAUAUCAGUGAGCAAGGACAAACAGGGUGAAAUCAGAGGAAAUUUGGCUACGCUGAUGCCACAGUUGGACUUGAACGAGAGGCGGCGUCUAUGGCAACUUUGUGUACUGGGUGCUGGCCCGGAUGCAGGAAUACACAACCAACAGGAAACAACUAGAACCACCUCAUGGCACAAGCUGUCACUCUUAGUUGAACGAGGAGGCCGACCGGCGGCUUUUCCUACUUUCUUUAGAAGUGUAGCUGAUGCGGAUGUAGAUGAUGCUUCGGAUGGAAGUCCAAGUAGUCCUGCUACACCAAAUAGAAGUUUGGAACCUCUUUCAGUAGCCGGCGAUAUUCUCUACGUAACUGACGAGGAGAAGAAGGAGGGCGAAAAAUGGCUUACUCCAUACGAUCUAGAUGCUUCUAAUGCACCCACUCUGAUGUGUAAAUUACACCUCACGGCUUGCAAAAAAGCAGGAUGGAACAUAUUGGGAGUUUGUUAGUGGAAACUGCUGUCCUAAGCCUUUUCCUAAAGUAUCUGGAACAUUAAAAUAUCGCUGAACCUGGGUUAUCUGCUACGGACUUACGACAAUGGAUCUUUGAAAAAUAAUGAGAACGCUGAAUGAUAGAUAGCUUCGAACAAGAACUAAGAAAAAAUGGUAGUGGUAGUGAAUGUCUGAGUUUACUUUUAUCAUGAUUUCUACUCCCAU